UUUUAAAAAGAAAAUGACUAAUUCCAAUUCAAAUUUGAAUCGGGGAAUCUCUAGUUCUAUUUCGGUUUUUAUUUUUUGCCUUCUUUUGUCCAACGUAAUUCCUUUGGAUGCUGGUACGACACUAUCAAAUAACAUAAAAUCGAGCAUCUGUCUAAAAACUAGCAAUCCAUCGUUUUGCACAAACCUAUUGAAAUCUGCAGGUAGCACGGACCUAAAAGCGUUGGCCACUUACACCUUAAACCUUGCUCAUAAAAAUGCAGGAAAGUCUAUGACCCUAGCCAAGUCACUUGCAGCAACAACAACCAAUUCUCAGCUUAAGAAACGAUAUUUGUCUUGCUCUGAGAACUACGACGAGGCCAUAGGUGACAUUGAAAAUGCUCAAAAGUAUUUGGCCACCGGUGACUUUAAUGGUGUUAAUCUUGCAACUUCUGGCAUCAUGACGACAAUCAACGACUGUCAAGAUAGCUUCGAACAUCCGCCAAGAGACCAUUCAUUGCUUCCAAAGAAGAGCAAAACUUUGAAAGAUAUUUGUAGCAUUAUUUUAGUUAUAUCUAAUCUUCUUCCUAGGGGCAUAUAAUGAAGCACCCAUGCAAACUUUAUUAUUGUUCUUAAAAUUACAAUAAUUGAUCACCC